UCUUCCACUUCAGAGUGCGAGAGCAAUGGCUGUGGCUACUGGCCUCCAUGGUUUUAGUAGGGUUUUGGCGCCGGUUCGCGCCAACCAAAGAAGAACAUCGUCAUCAUCAUCUUUCUCUAUCUCCAAACCUAUAUCCGGCAGCAGCUUUCGUCCAUCUCGAGUAGUCCUGAGAUUUCCCGCAGGUUCUGUAAAUCGAAGAGCUGUUAGGUGUUCUAUCUCUCCUACCACAGAGCCUGUUUCUGCAGGAAAGAAGUUGACAACACGAAGGGAUGUGAGGAACAUAGCUAUUGUUGCUCAUGUCGAUCAUGGAAAGACAACUUUAGUUGAUGCCAUGCUGAAGCAAGCAAAGGUCUUUCGGGACAACCAGUUUGUGCAGGAGAGGAUAAUGGACUCGGAAAGAGGAAUUACAAUUCUCAGCAAGAACACCUCAAUAACCUACAAGAGCACGAAGAUAAAUAUCAUUGAUACUCCGGGUCAUUCUGAUUUUGGUGGGGAGGUUGAGCGUGUUCUCAACAUGGUUGAAGGAGUUCUUCUUGUGGUAGAUUCUGUAGAGGGGCCAAUGCCACAAACACGGUUUGUUUUGAAGAAAGCUUUGGAAUAUGGACAUUCAGUUGUGGUGGUGCUUAAUAAAAUUGAUAGGCCUUCAGCACGUCCGGACUUUGUUAUCAACUCAACAUUUGAGCUUUUUAUUGAAUUAAAUGCAACAGACGAACAGUGUGACUUUCAAGUGAUUUAUGCAAGCGGCAUAAAUGGUAAGGCUGGACUAUCUCCGGACAAUUUAGCUGAUGAUCUUGGACCACUUUUUGAGGCUAUUCUUAGAUGUAUACCAGCGCCUACCAUUAAUAAGGAUGGAGCACUGCAGAUGCUUGUAACGAAUAUUGAGUAUGAUGAGCACAAAGGGAAAAUAGCUAUCGGUCGGUUGCAUGCUGGUGUGUUGGAACGAGGCAUAGAAGUCAAGGUUUGCACAUCAGAUGAAACAUGUAGAAAUGCAAAAGUUAGUGAACUUUUUGUUUAUCAAAACUUCAGCAGGGUCCCAACUGAGAAUGUGGAGGCUGGAGAUAUUUGUGCUGUUUGUGGAAUAAAUGAUGUAGUGAUUGGAGAAACAAUAGCCGAUAAAAGCUCUGGGAAAGCACUACCAACCAUCAAAGUAGAGGAACCAACAGUGAAAAUGUCUUUCUCUAUCAACACUUCACCCUUUGUUGGCCGGGAGGGAAAAUAUGUGACAAGUCGAAACCUUCGGGAUAGACUUUAUACCGAGCUCGAGAAAAAUUUGGCGAUGAGAGUUGAAGAUGGAGAAACAGCAGACACAUUUAUUGUUAGUGGCAGGGGAACAUUGCAUAUUACCAUCUUGAUAGAGAGCAUGCGAAGAGAGGGUUAUGAAUUCAUGAUUGGGCCACCCAAGGUUAUAAACAAAAGAGUAGAUGACAAAUUGUUGGAGCCCAUUGAGAUCGCUACUGUGGAGGUGUCCGAGGAUCACAUGGGGCCUGUUGUUGAGCUUCUGGGAAAAAGGAGAGGGCAGAUGUUUGAUAUGCAGGGAAUUGGUUUGGAGGGAACAUCGAUAUUAAAGUCACGCGGUCUUCUUGGGCUGCGAAAUGCAAUCCUAACAGCUUCGCGGGGUACAGCAAUUCUGAACACAGUUUUUGAUAGCUAUGGACCAUGGGCUGGGGAUAUUAGCACAAGGGACCAAGGAUCCUUGGUUGCAUUUGAGGAAGGAACUACUACUUCUUACGCCUUAUGUAGUGCUCAGGAAAGAGGCCAGAUGUUUGUGAGCCCUGGAGUGGAAGUUUAUAAAGGUCAAAUUGUUGGCAUCCAUCAACGUCCUGGUGAUUUAUCUCUUAAUGUUUGCAAGAAGAAGGCUGCAACUAAUGUAAGAUCCAACAAGGAACAGACAGUGGUUCUUGAUUCGCCAUUAUUUUACAGUUUGGAUGACUGUAUCGAAUACAUUCAAGAAGACGAACUGGUAGAAGUUACACCUAAAAGCAUACGCAUGUGCAAAAACCCCAAGUUCGCAAAGAAGAGGUAAAGUUUUUUUAGCUACUGUGAUCACUGCAGCAAAACAUGCCCCUUUUAAACCACAUUAUUCGAGUCUAGAAUGCCUUGAUUUAUGAGUUGCUUCUUUACUUACAACAGUGCAUGAGAGGCAAUUUGUAUCAUUUAUUCAUGAUUCAGGAACCACAGCUAGACCCAAUGUCCUGUAUAUUUAUUAUUAGAUCCCUCUUUUAUUAGUAAGAUUUCCUUAAAACUAAA